AUGAGGCGUGCAGGCCUGGGUGAAGGAGUACCUCCUGGAAAUUAUGGGAACUAUGGUUAUGGUAAUAGUGGGUAUAAUGCCUGUGAAGAAGAAAAUGAAAGACUCACUGAAAGUUUGAAAAGCAAAGUAACUGCUAUAAAAUCUGUAAGUAUAUAACAGAUUUUAUAUACUUCUACAUAUAUAAAGUAUAUAAAUAUAUUGGAUUCAGAAUUUGAUUCUACAACAGGAUUUUUAGGUAAAACUAUGGGGAAACUGAAGAUUUUAUCCAGAGGGAGUCAAACCAAGCUGCUGUGCUAUAUGAUGCUGUUUUCAUUCUUUGUUUUUUUUGUCAUUUAUUGGAUUAUUAAACUCAGGUGA